ACCUGAAGGCAGCGGGAGACGGGAGGUGGAGUGAGAAGUAGAGGCUGAACAACAGGAGAGAGGAGAGAGGAGAGAGAGGGGGAGACAGACCCAGCUGCUAGCGCACACAGGAGACUGUUUACCAAACCUAACCGCUAUUGUGCGGUAUUAGCGCUACAGAUAAAAACACAUUUUAAGCAUGUCCUUUAGCUGAGAUGUUAACAUUACUCCACCAGCACUUCCUCGGGUGGGUCUAACACGGCCGGAAUGUGCCCCGGUAGCUAGCUAGGUUAACGUGAAGACAAAAAGGGCAUCUCUCUGUCGUUUACCGUGCAGCACGGACGUAAUCUCCGCAUGACAGUUUCUGUGUUGAACGUUUGUGAACCGUUUCGGCAAAACCUCCCGCUGCCCAACGGACCUACCGGUCCUGGUUAUAUAAAGAGCAGGAGAGGGGAAACCACCAAGCUGUCAAGAUGAAGUUCACAGAGCAUCUCUCCGCUCACAUCACCCCGGAAUGGAGAAAACAGUACAUCCAGUAUGAGGCUUUCAAAGAGAUGCUGUAUGCUGCUCAGGACCAGGCCCCAUCUAUUGAAGUCACAGAUGAGGAUACAGUUAAGAGGUACUAUGCCAAGUUUGAGGAGAAGUUCUUCCAGGCAUGUGAAAAAGAGCUGGCCAAGAUCAACACCUUCUACUCUGAAAAGCUGGCUGAGGCUCAGCGGCGAUUCGCCACGCUGCAGAACGAGCUGCAGUCAUCGUUGGACGCCCAGAGGGAGAGCUGGGCUAACGGGCGGAGCCUGAGGAAGAGGAAGACUGUGUUCGCCCUGUCGCAGCAGGAGCGAUGCAAACACAGAAACAUAAAGGACCUGCAGCUGGCCUUCUCCGAGUUCUACCUCAGCCUCAUACUGCUGCAGAACUACCAGAACCUGAACUUCACAGGUUUCAGGAAGAUCCUGAAGAAGCAUGAUAAGAUUCUGGAGACGUCGAGGGGGGCCGACUGGAGGGUGGCCCAUGUUGAAGUGGCUCCAUUUUACACAUGCAAGAAAAUCACUCAGCUCAUCUCUGAGACCGAGGCGUUGGUCACUACAGAGUUGGAAGGUGGUGACAGGCAGAGGGCCAUGAAGAGGCUGAGGGUUCCUCCCCUGGGAGCUGCACAGCCUGCUCCUGCGUGGACUACCUUUCGAGUCGGGCUGUACUGCGGAGUAUUCCUUGUCUUACUAGUCACUGUGGUCAUUACAGGAGCUGUGGUGAUCCGUAGUGCUGAUGUUUGGCCUAUGGUCAGGAUCUACAGAGGAGGCUUCCUGUUAAUAGAAUUCCUCUUCCUGUUAGGCAUCAACACCUACGGCUGGAGGCAGGCGGGAGUGAACCAUGUACUCAUUUUUGAACUCAACCCCAGAAACAACCUGUCACAUCAACAUCUGUUUGAGAUUGCAGGUCUGUUGGGGGUGCUGUGGUGCGUCAGCCUGCUGUCCUGUCUCUUCAGUGAUAGCAUCCUGGUACCAAUGCAGGCUAACCCUCUUGCUCUCUACGGCCUCUUCUUCCUCUUCCUCAUCAACCCCUUCAAGACCUGCUACUACAAGUCACGCUUCUGGCUGCUCAAACUCUUGUUUCGGGUGGUGACGGCUCCGUUUCAUCAUGUUGGCUUUGCAGACUUCUGGCUGGCUGACCAGUUGAACUCUCUUGGUGUGGUUCUGAUGGAUCUGGAGUAUAUGAUCUGUUUCUACAGUUUUGAACUAGACUGGACAAAACAUGAUGGACUCAUUAGCAGUCAAAGUAAAGAUGUGUGUAACUCCUACUCCUACGGCAUCCGUGCGGUGAUCCAGUGUCUUCCUGCUUGGUUCCGAUUCGUCCAGUGUCUCCGACGUUACCGCGACACCAAACGGGCAUUCCCUCACCUGGUGAACGCGGGGAAAUACUCCACUUCCUUCUUUGUUGUCACCUUUGCUGCCCUAUACAGCACACAUAAAGUUGAAGCCCCCGAUGACGCCAAGAUCUUCCUCUACUUGUAUAUCGGCUGUUUGGUGGUCAGUUCAUGUUACACACUCGUCUGGGACCUGAAGAUGGACUGGGGCCUGUUCGACCGCAAUGCAGGAGAGAACACCUUUCUGAGAGAGGAGAUAGUCUACCCACAUAAGGCCUAUUACUACAGUGCUAUAGUGGAGGACGUCCUGUUACGUUUUUCAUGGACUUUAACUGUCUCCCUCAGCACAGUUACUGGGUUACACGGCAUCUCUGACAUACUGGCGACUAUACUUGCCCCCAUGGAGGUCUUUAGACGUUUCGUAUGGAACUUCUUCCGAUUGGAGAACGAACACCUGAAUAACUGUGGUGAGUUCAGGGCCGUCAGAGACAUCAGCGUGGCUCCGCUCAAUGCUGACGACCAGACACUGCUGGAGCAGAUGAUGGACCAGGAGGACGGAGUCCGAAACCGGCAGGGCAAGAAGAGCUGGAAGAGGAGCUACAGCAUGAGUCUACGCAGACCACGACUGGCCUCACAGUCCAAGACCCGUGACACCAAGGUUUUGAUUGAGGACACUGAUGAUGACUCCUGACAUCAGGCCACGCCCCUCGCCUGGGUCCAGAAUUUAUUCAAAGGAGGAAACUCCGCCUCCUAACUGAGGAAUUACCCAGCGAGUUGGGCGUUGAACUCUCAACCAAGGACAGGUUUAAACUCUCAUGCCUACGUAACCCUUUCUCCAAUGCAUGAGCCUCUACAUGGGUUCAGAACUGUUUGAAGUAUUUCAACGAAGGAACUUUUACCUCUUGAACAAACAACCCAGCAACAUGGCCAUGAAACUCUUUCCCCUACCUUCAAUAAUAAUCAAGGGUGGGCUCACCACUUAAACUCUACCUUACUGAAGCAGUGGGUCACCCACAGCCACCCAGAGGUGAACUCUUCAACUCCAGUCAUUGCUUGAGCUCUCCUAAAAGCCUCCGUCUAGCAUGAACAUCGCAGCUAAAUGGAAUGCAAGCCGAUCACCCUGACAGGAAGUGUCCCUGCUCCCUCUCGGUGCCACUCAGCUUCCACACAGGGAGAGGCUGACGACUUCAAACCUGCUGCUGUUGAGGACCAAAAGGUUUUCUCCCCGCCUGUAGCUAUUAGAAUCCACCUCCACCACACCUCGAGAGAUACGAGUCCACCUUUAAUUUGGAUCUAAAGCCAGCUUUUUCCAAUAGGAGAAUAAAAAGGGAUGAAAAGUGUCUCCUUCUUUCGGCAACUUUUUAGGCCUUGUGACCUUCUCCCUGACCUUUGGCCAACAGACUAUGCUGACAAGCAUUUGGUGAUGACAUUCAGUCACCGGCUUGACUCCCUCACUCUUCAGUUUGCCUCUUCAAAUCAUCACAGAGCUGCCUACCUGCACCGUACACGCUUUAGACACACACACACACACACACACACACACACACACACAAACAUGCACUUUUUAGGAGUGAAGGAGUGGAAUGCCUCUUGUGUGUUCACACACAAACUGAUUUUAAAUGUUUUAUUGUUCAUGGAUGAGCGUCACACACACAUAUAAACUAGUAUGUAUUUAUAACAGUGGUUGUAAAUAUGAGACGGACCAAAGUAGGAGGUGGUGUGAAAAUAUUCCUGAAACAUCAAAUAUUCGUGCUGAGUUCAGACUGCAUGGAACAGCAGCUGGAAUGUUCAGCCGUGGAGAUUUUGAUUCUGGAAAAAGAAGAUGAUCACCUUUAACAUCCUGGUCACCACCAUAAAUAUCCUCCAUGUGGAAAUGCUUUUACUGAAUGUAUGCCAACUUAUUUAUGUAUGUAUGAGUGGGAGGGAUACCUAAGUACCACCUGUCAACUUAUUUAGGCCCAUACAUUUUUGUAAACUUGAAACAAGAGUUAGGAUGAGGUCCAAGGAAUUAGUAUUUUUUGUGCCCUGAAAUCUUGAUUGAAGACUGAUUGAAGAGUUUACUGGUUCAUGAAACGGUAAUUAGCAUCUGUUGAAGUGGCUCAUUGAAAUGUGACGAGGAUGAAAGGGAUGGAGGUCACCUGUCUGUCACAUUGGUUCAGAGUUUCACAAUCAAAAGGAUGGUGUAGGUCAACUGGAACUCUUCCAGCUGGUUUGGUGGUGAGUGAAUCUGAUUGGCUGUGUUUACCCUCAUGAGAUACAUACUCGGGUUCCAUGAACACGCCGGUUUGGAUUUAACACUUUAACAGACUGGGGUUGUUUAAAAUAACUGACAUAUUUCUCUUGGGACAAAGUCAUUUUAAUCUAUUUUUAUGUUCACAGGUUGUGAGUGUCUGGCUCUGAGUCUCAAUGGCAGAGAGAUCCAGAGCUAUAUUUGGAACCGGCAAAUACAAGAAGCACUCUUUUAUUCCUAAAUGCUCCUGCUUCCUAAUUAAUGCAAACUCUAAACUUUCUCCAUGUUUACCUGUCGUCUUGCUGAGUUAACUAUAAUGUCCAUUUCCACAGCACUAAUCCCAUCAGGGGAAAAAGAGUCCCACUCAGCACUCUGCUGCUCUGGUUCCCUUUAUCACAAAUACUCUUUUCAUUCACUCAUUAUUCUUGAGAGUUCUUACUCUACCAUCAGUGCAACUCACCGCUUCCUGCACUAUUACACAUCACGUUAAUAGUACUCCAGCCGUACUGUUAUUAACGCUCCUUUAAUGAGGAGGAAUCUAAAGGAAGUGUUUAGUGUGCAGAGUGGAGUUAGUUCUGUGGAAAUGUAAAUGAAGCCAUUGUUGUUGGCUCCCUCUUAAUGUGUUUUUUUUACCAGCUGUUAUUUGUUCAUGCUGGCUCGCCUUAGCCAUUACUUGAUUUUGUAUGAGAAUUUACGGUAACGGUCUUAAAGAGCUGGUAGUUUAGGUACUUGGUGUGGUUUUGUAUCCAUAGUCAGUAACAGUUUAUGCACAAUCACCAUUACAUCAUCUGCAUAUUGGAACUCAUUUCAAAGGCACUCAUGUCACCCUGUGCUACCAAAUGAUUGGAGCUACUACAUGAAUCCAUCUUCUGCUGUUGGAUGAAGACAGGUAGUUGUGAUUGCACUGGAGAAAAUGUUUUUCUAAAUGUUUCUAAUAGAGCGAAGAUAUUCAUUUUGUUGCUUUUUCACAUUCCCAAAGUGCUCGAGCCACUUCUGCAGUGUGCUGCUGGUUAACGGUUUAGUCCAGCUUGUACUUUCUACUGCUCAUUGCUUUUAUUAAUCAGCCAUUUAAUAUAAACCAUUCUGCUUUAUUGUUUUCAUCAAGCUUGUUAAUAGCUUGUGCUAUUAUGAGUGACGUCAGGAAGCUGAUUGAAAUCACUGACCAAUGAGCAAUAAGUCCUCCCAUGAUGCUGCACUUUAAUGCCAAACUUCCUUUCUGUUAUUUUCUAUGUUCUUUGUCUUUGUGAAGGAAGCUGCAUAGUGUUUGAGUUCUAGUAGAGUUUCCUUCAUCUUAUUUUAGUGCUUUGAAUAUACAGAAAAGCAACUGUUUGAGGACGGAGCUGUAAUAUGUCUCGUCUUGGAGCGGAUUGGAAAUAUAUCCGCUCAUUUUCUUCACUUCUGUUAACUUUGCAAGCGUUUGGCCUUGAAGGAUGUCUGUGCUCUCUGAGUGCCCUUCUAGUUGUUGCAGCUAUUCGAUUUUUGCUGAUUAGUAACAGCAGAAACGGAUUAUCAAUAUGAUCUAAAACAUUGUAGGCCAUUAGUAAUAAAUGUCUUAUAAAACAGUAGAGAAGAAGCAAUAUUGGACAGGUCUAGGAGUUCCUACUUCUCUACUAAGCUACAGCAGGUAGAUGAGCCCGUCAUCAGAGGGUUCACGGAGACGUUCAGCUUCAUUUCGCUCUUCUACUUUUGGGUGUCAGCAGCGAUUUAAGGUGCAACAAUGGAACUGGAGUUUGACAAUCAGUCUUUUGGCUCAGCAGGAAGUAGCUUCUGUCAGCAUUCAGGAUGAAGCUAUGAACUGAAAUAAGCUUGACUUACAAAAUAUUGAUCUUAAAAAUGUUACGCUAUCUUCGAUGUAAACGGGUGUAAACGCCCUCCUUUAACGUCGGGUUGGCCGAUUAGGUGCAGCUUUGCUUGUCCUGGAUCCUGUGAUCUUGGUUCGUACAAACACUGGUUUCUGGAAAGCUGCUAUUAAAGAUGAAAUGCUUGACGGUGUCUAGAAGUUUAGAUUUGGUUCAGUGAGAAUAACAUUUUCCGUUUCUCUUUGGUUGGACAGUAAUGAAGCCGCUGACUCUUCUACUCACACUCAGGGCUCGUCUCUGUCACACUCCCACAUGAAGAGAAACAUGACUGCCCUCUUCUUUAUGUAUUCAUAUUUUAAUCAGAGAACAUUUCUACACAAGCUUUGAAAUGAGGGUGUUUCCUUCACUGCUUUGUUUUCUUCAAAUGUCCAUUUAGCAGACACAAUCAUUCCAUCCAGAAAGAACCGUUCACUUUGAUGCAUUUGUUCAGAGUUUCUAUUUUCAUAAUCCCUCAGGUUUUCAUGUUGAGAUACUUUACAUAUUAUAAUAAGUUGCAUAUUGACCGGAGAGUGGGAGAUGAGUUGUUCUAAGAUUGAACAUCACCUGCCCCUUUUAUUGAGUGAACAGCUGUUAUUGGAUCAAUGGACCAUUUGAAAACUCUUUCUUUCCGACAUGAAUACACCAGAGCUCAGCAAAGGAACCUCUGGAAAGUGAUUGUCAUCUGUUAUUUUUUGUAUUUUUAUUUACUUGAUGCCAUGUAGGUUGACUUCCCCAAACGUAACGUGCUCCUCUGAUACCAGAGCGGGCCCUCAAGGUGUUAUGGUGAACUUGUUAGGAUUCUGAACUCUGAAGAUUUCAGCUGCAGGCUGACGUGUUGUUUGGAACACUUGAUCGUAUCUUUUUGGUUUUCUUCUUCUACAUUCCAGACGAUGACUCUCUCCCAUUACACUUGAACGCCACACUGCUUAUGUUAAAGAUGAUGAGACUGUGACAGACAGGUGAAUCCACCUGUACAGCAUAGGGCUGAGUGUUCAUCCUCAAUGCUUCUUUGGUAGCACUGAUAAAACCAAUACCUGGUUAGAUUUGUGAUCCUUAUAUGUUCAGAUUUAUGUUUUGUUCAUCUUAGACUUCCUUCAUUUCGGUACAUUUAUGGAACACAUGAUCGUGUUCAGAUAUUAAAGACAGAAAUGUGGCUUUUUGUGGUCAAAUGAAAAUGAGCUGUAUCAAAAACAAUGUUUCUGUUUCCAUGUCGAUACCAACCCUCAAACGCAAGUUCUUUCACAAUGUCUUAAGAACGUUUCAAUACAACUGUCUAUUUUCAACAACGUUCUAACAUUUCACAUUAGACCAGUUGCUUCACAGCAGAGCCUCAUGCAAUAAUGUGUUCUUUGUUCCCCCCCAAUGUCUCUCACUUCUUCAUGUGUUCCAGCUCAUAUUCACCAAACACAAACUUGUUGCAAAUCACUUCUUUUAACUUGACUGUCGUCUCUUAAUGAGGAGAUUUUCCUUUGUGAGACCUGAUCAUUGAUGUAAUCAUUCACUCUGCACAGCCCCGAGUCCUGCUGUCAUAGAUCAGCACACACCGGCGUAUCGAAGUCAGCAGUGUCGGUAGUUUCCUUAUUAGGAAAAUAUUAAUAGCGCUGCCAAGUUGCCACCAGAGCAGCGCCGUGCUGACAGAGGACCUGCGUACAGACUCAGAGGAUUAACCUGUUGAAAUAUGCCAACAAAAUAUUUUUCUUUUUUUCAAUGCUGUAAUUUGGCAAGCCAUGAUGAUGAUAUGGUAAACAAAAUAUGAAUUUUGCAUUGGGUAUGUAUUCUAUUUUAAUCAUGUCAUUUUAUUUGAAUUGAUUUUGGUAUCUUCAAACUCAAAGCUGGUUCAGGCUGAGGCGUUAUGGCUCUAACUCUGAGUGUUUGUCCAUGACGGCUAUGACACGUCUGACCUACGAGGGCGUUCAACAUGUUCUCUGAAAUGGCUUUUGCAGCCACUCAAAGACAAAUGUGUUGGUACGGGUGCUUCUUGCAUGAGGCCCAAUGUCUGACUCUCCUCUACAGUUCAUGGAUGCAACAGAAACCACACAGACUUUCCUUUGAUUCAGUUUCUUCAGAUGCCCAUCGGAGACCAUUGAACCCACAAAUGGAAGACGUGUAGAUCAGUAGUGAAGCACUUCUCAAGAUUUGGAUCACAUUUGAGUGGGAUGUCUUUUGAUAACAGACAGUUAUGCAGAUUAAUACAGAGGAAGUAACACAUUUGGCAGCCUGUAGGUCUUCUGUCCUCAGAUCUGGACGCAUCGAUAGGAAAUCCGGGUUUUUGCUGAAGCUUGAGCUGAGCUCCCAUCAGUUGGUCUCAGUUCCCCAUGGCAACACUGUCCACUCUUCAGCUCCAGGACGUCCCAGUGGCUGACGUUGCAAACGUCUCAAAGUCUUUUUCCUCAAAUGAAGGGUCACGAAUGUGAGGACACUGUCUCCUCUCCGUUUGGACCAGCAGCGCUGUUGUAAACACACAAUCCUCAUCCUGAAGUCCUCUCUGGGCCUGGAGCCUCUCAGAGGUCCAGGGACAUGAAGCCAUGCUGUUACGUUUCGUGUCUUUUUACACCACAAACAUGUCGCUUUUUUGUUGUUUUUAAGAAGUUUGUUCUGAUCAACUGAGUUGAGAUGUUUGAUGAAGUUCCAUGCUCACUGGCCCACAUCUUUCUGUGUGGUUGUAAGAAACAAACCUGGAUCAGAAGGAUGUGACCUCGAUAUCGUUGAAGCAGAAUUCCAACUAGAAUAAAAUGGAGCCAAAAAAACAAAAUGUAAGACGUUUUCUGGUUGGUCUCCAGAACCAGAGAGAGCGUUUUGUUCCAUGUUGUGACCCAGAGCUGUUGAUUAUACAAUCUAUUAUAUAUUGAUGAAGAUAUUGAUUAGAAGCAUUGUAUAAUGGUGACUGUGCUGUGGGUGUUGUCUUGUCUGUACAGUAGCAGUGUGAUGCUACAGAGGUGCCUGGUUCACCAACCCUGUUACAGGUUUUCAGUAAAAACAACUUAAGAUC